AUCCGACACACCGUACGGUAAGCAGUUUAACACAUUACGGUUACAACAGUUGGGCAAAUGACUAAAAAAAUAGUACAAAUUUUAUUUGUUGUCAUAUUAAUAGUAUUAAUAAUAUUUACAUAUUAUUACCUAUACGAAAUCCGAUGGAUCACAACCCAGGAAAGAAAUGUCCAAAGUGUACAAAAACGUUUAAAACCAAUAGAUCAUUAACUCGACACAUGGUCACGCACGAUCCGGAUGCCAAGGUCAAAUGUGAGGUUUGUGGCAAAAUUUCGAAAAACCCUCAUGCCUUAUCUGACCACAUGUCGAGUAGUCACACCAACCGGAAACGACCAAGUUGUGACACUUGUCACGGGCAGUUUUCCAACUUCGUCUCUUUGCGCCAACAUGUUAACCCCUUCCACAGUCUGAUCGACCGACCCCGUUUUCCAUGUGAAUUUCCCGGAUGUGAGAAAACCUACAAAAACAAGAGACACCUUUCGCAACACGCGAAGACUGAACAUGCCGAGAAUCUGGUUCGAUUUUCAUGCAGACUUUGCAGAAAUGAAUUUAAAACGAGGAAUGACCUUAGGAAACACAUUUCCACCCACACGACGGAGAAACCGUACAAUUGUGCCAUUUGUGGGAGGAGUUUCACCCAGGAAUUUGACAUGAAAAGCCAUGAGAUGACACAUUUGGACAAAUCCAGCCGAGACUUGUUGCAGUGUCACCUCUGUCCUCGGACCUUCUUACGUAGGGAAGGUUUACAAAACCACAUCCGAAUUGUGCAUGAAAAUCAGAAGAAUUAUCCGUGCUCAUUGUGUGAUAAGAGAUUCUGCUACUUAUCAAGUUUGAAAGGUCACGUGGAUGCGAGACAUGCCGCGAAUAGACAGCUGAUUCAUGCCUGCGACAAAUGCGAGUACAAGAGCCACUCGAAAUAAUAUUUGGUCGUUCACAGAAUCCGUCCAAUGCAAUGAAGCAUAAAUGUUACUUCUGCGAGAAGAAAUUCUACACUUUUCACGAAUUGGUGAGACAUUGUGGUCGAGUUCAUACACUAGAAAAGUUUACGAAUUUUCACUAACUAUGAGAAAUUUAGCGAAACUUUGUGGUAGAAAGAAAUGGGAUUUUAUUAACAAAUUUAUGUAAGUACCUAGUAACUUGACAUGUUAUUCUAUUGAUAUAUGCAAAAUAAACACAAUAUUGCAAGUACGUUCCUUUUAAA